CACGGGACCUGUCAGCUGUCAGCCUAACCAGGAAGCUGCAAGAUGGCGGCGGCUUACACAGACCUUCUGAUCGGAUGGUGCAUUUUCGGGCUGCUGUUGCUGGCUAUCUUGGUUUUUUGCUGGGUUUAUGUCCGAAAAUACCAAUGCCAUCGGGAAAGCCAAGUGAUUUCAACUAUUACAGCAAUCUUUUCUUUGGCUAUUGCAUUGAUUACUUCAGCACUUUUGCCUGUGGACAUCUUUCUUGUCUCCUAUAUGAAGGAUUUGAAUGGUACAUUUAAGGAUUGGGCAGAAAACAAUUCAACACGGCUACAGAUUGAGGACACUGUUUUAUUUGGUUAUUACACUCUCUAUUCUAUUAUAUUGUUCUGCGUGUUCCUGUGGAUUCCUUUUGUGUAUUUCUAUUAUGAAGAAAAGGGUGAAGAUGAUGGUGGCCAUAGUGUACAAAUAAAGAGUGCUCUGAAGUAUACCUUUGUAUUUAUGUUGGUCUGCUCGUGUUUGCUUCUUAUUGGAGCUUUUGCUCCAUUAGAUAUUCCUAGAGAUAAAAAUACAACUGACUUUGAUAAAAUUAAGAUUUUAUUUGAAGAGCUUGGAAGUAACCAGGGUUUGGCUGCCUUGUCAUUUUCCAUUAGCUCCUUGACCUUGAUUGGAAUGUUGGCUGCAAUCACCUACACAGCAUAUGGAAUGUCUGCACUGCCUUUAAAUUUGAUCAAAGGUACCAAAAAUGUACGUUACGAGCGUCUGGAAAAUACAGAUGAUAUUGAAGAUGUAGAACAGCAAGCUGAAAGAAUAAAGUCAAAGUGCAAGGAUGGCAGACCAUUAUCAAGUAAAGACAGACAAACCCUUUACAAACUUGAAGAAAAUUUAAAGACAUUACGAAGGAGAAUGAGACAUCUUGACAAUCAUGAACAUAGUUGCUGGACAAAAUGUUGCACAGUCAUGCGGCCAGUUAAGAUUGCUUGGGGAAUCUUCAACAUACUUGUGGCACUUCUGUUUGUUGUUUCUCUCUUCCUUUCCAAUUUGGAUAAAGCACUUCACUCUGCAGGCAUUGAAUCUGGGUUCGUUCUUUUUGGUUCCAACAUCACCAAUCCACUAAAUAUCCUGCUACCUGUCCUGCAAACGGUUUUUCCUCUUGAUUAUCUCCUCAUUGCAACAAUUACUAUAUAUUUUCUUUUCACAUCGAUGGCUGGUAUACGAAACAUGGGUAUAUGGUUCUUUUGGAUUAGGCUAUACAAGAUAAGACGAGGUCGAACCAGGCCACAAGGUCUUCUAUUUCUCUGCAUGAUCCUUCUGUUGAUUGUUCUACACACAAGUUACAUGAUUUACAGUCUCGCACCCCAGUAUGUUAUGUAUGGAAGCCAAAAAUAUGUAAUGAAGAUCAAUGGUACAUUUGAAACCAAUAUGGGAAACUCUUCACAUUAUGUCACGAAAGACUGCACUGCUGAUGCCCCUGAAGAUCAAUGCACAGUCACUAGAACAUACCUCUUCCUCCACAAGUUCUGGUUUUUCAGUUCUAUCUAUUACUUUGGAAACUGGGCUUUCAUUGUGGUGUUUAUUAUUGGCUUUAUUGUAUCAUGUUGCAAAGGCAAGAAAUCUGUAAUUGAAGAAGUGGAAGAAGAUGAUUCUGACCUAAGUGAUGAUGAUAUUCCAUACGCUUAAACCUAUUUCGUUUUGAAAUGACAACCUUUUUGUACCGAAUGCUACUUAUUUGAUUUUGGAAUGGAGUGACAAAAUGCAAAUGUAAAAUUUUAUUUAGAUUUGCUGAUUAAAUAUGUGUAUAUAACUUGGUUUUACUGACUGUUAUUUAAAAUAAAUGUACAACAUAUUGUAUAUAAAAAGAGCAGUUGAAAUUUGGGUUUUUACAUGCUAUGCACUGAAAUACUUAAUGCCAAUAACACGGCUAUUCUACAGCUUUUGAUUUCCAGUUUGAUUUCUUUGGCGUGGACUGCUUUCUCUUGUGGAACACUAAUUUAGAAGUAAGGUUCCAGGUUUAUUUUUAUUAACAUUUUGAAACCUUUCUUUAACCAUUUCUGAAUAUUUUUCUAUUGUCAAUAAAACAUAAUAUUCCAGA